GAAAACAGGGAGGUUUAGGUAACAUUCCAAAAGACCAAACUCCAACAAAAUGCUUCCCUCACUCCCCACUCCUCCCAACUCCCCAAAACCAACCACUGCAGUUGCGUCCCUUCAGGUGAACUUCUGCGCAGAGACUUGAAUUUACAAUGACAUAAUUAUUUUUUCAAACUUCUGCAGGUUGUUCAUGACAACAGAGAGCUGAUUGCUCAAUAUCAGCACAGUUCAUCAAGAGAUCAAAUGGAGAAGAACUUGCCUAGAGUUUCACGUAAAGAUGGGAAUGGGACACAGGAAGUGGGGGCUUCCAGCGCCAGUAGCACUGGACAAGGACCACCCACGUUGACUUGGAAAAGCAGCAGGUACGAUGAUGCCGCUGAUCGCUACGGUGGAGGAGAUCCAAUAGACUGUUCCGGUAAGUACUGCCGCUCAUGCACCGCGGGGUUGAUAGCCGACUGUGUCGCCAUCUGUUGCUGCCCCUGCGCGGUGGUCAACCUUCUGACGCUGGCAUUGGUCAAAGUUCCGUGGAAAAUGGGGAGGAGGUGUUUGGGGCUAGGGAAAAAGAAGAGGAAAAAGCUGGAAACGAAGAGAAAAGGAAGGAAGAGUGAAGAUUGCGGUGUGGGGGAUAGAAAUGGAGAUCCGAGAAGGGGAGGGAUAGAGGAGGGGUUUUUGGAAAUAUUGUCAGGGUUUGACGGGGAAGAAGAAAUGUGUGAGGUAGAGAAGGUUUGGUUAGAUCUUUACGAGGUCGGUCAGUUGGGUUUUGGGAGGGUUUCGUUUACAGGGGGUUGAAUUUAAAUCUUAGAUUAAUUAGUGGUAAAUUUGAAAAGAAAAAUUAGUUUGGGGCUGUAAAUCUCAUUUUCCUUUUCAGUUUUGGUAAGUUAAUUAACAGUUAAAAUUAGU